AUGGCUCCAAAGAAGGUAUCUGCUCGCCCGGGACCUGCCACCACCUCAAAAAGGCCUAUUAGAGGCCCAUCCCAGGCGCUCCGCUCGCCCACUUCGGUCCAACCAACAGGGCGGGUGCAAUCCUUGGUGGCAAGUAUGGCCGGUGAUCCAGCGGCCCUUUCACGCUUCGCAGCUGAAAUGGAUGGUUUUCUGCAGCAUUGUUCCGCCCAACCAUCUACGUCCCGAAGGCCGCCUCCUGCGGCUAGGGCGUCUCCUCCAGGGUCACCAUCAUCUAGCGAAGAUGGGAGAGAUGGGUCAUCAUUGGGGAGUUUGAUUGCAAACCCCCAGUUAACCCAAUCCCCUGACUUACCUGCAGUCCGGGGCCGGUCACGGAGGUCAGGCCGUUCCACCAGGAGGGCCUCAGCAAAAAGUGGCCCUUCAGCUGUUUCCACUCGCCGGCGUACGCCCACCCAACCUUCUGCGGAGGCGGCCUCGGGUUCUGGUCUCUCACGUGUGGUCUCUUUGCAGUCUGUUUCAGCCCCAUCCCAGGAAAAUCCUGAAUCCGAGUCUUCCAUUGAGGACAGCCUUCCAGUUCCUGCCAGGAAGUCUUCGGGAAGGAAGCGCCGUCACAGGAGGUCAUCCCGGAGGCGCGCUAAACGGAGGAGGGAUGAAUCGUCGUCUUCUUACUCGGGUUUGGCGGCCGUUCGCAUCUGGCUGGUGGGGCACAGCAUCGUGCAUUGGGCUGGUGUCGGAGCCAGGCAGUCCGGUUUGGGUCCAGGUCUCGGCCUUCCACCACACGUGUGCAUAUCGUGGCUAUCCAGACGUGGAAUGCGCUGGCCGGAGUUCCUGCCACUGAUCCGGAGGCAGUUACUUAUUGAAGGGCCGCCCACGGCUAUUGUGGUACAGCUGGGAGAGAAUGAUCUGGUUUCCAUGGACUGUUUGUCGUUACGUGCCGCAAUAGUGGGUGAUCUCGAGGUGCUGCGGUCAUUGGUGCCGUCAGCGAAGAUUUUUUGGUCAAAGCUCCUGCAACGACGUAUAUGGAAAGGUAGUCGCUGCCCAAUUGCCACUGACAGGGCCAGGAAACGUGUCAAUUCUGCUGUGGCCAAAAAGGUUUUGGAGCUGGGCGGUGAUGUUAUUUCCCAUCCUGGGAUUCAGUUUCAGGCUGAAUCAUUCUACAGGGAGGAUGGCGUGCACCUUUCUGCCUUGGGAAAUGAGGCUUGGCUAGGUGCGGUGGUGGCUAAGCUGAAGUCUUGGCUGGGGCUGUGAGUGGUUUGGCGGUGAGCUUGGGGCUCCAUGGCGGUUAGGCAUUGGUUAAAAU